CACCCUAUCUUGAGCCGUUCAUUGAGGCGGGGAGAGCAUAAUGUGCACAGCUUCGGGUUACGCCGGAUCCAGCGCCGGUCGUGCUCUAGUUCGACGGACGGUGCUCGCCACGAAAGCAUCCUCUACGGACUGUAGCUUCCGUGAAACGUCCGCCGUCUUCAUCCGCUCCGCCGGCGACUCGAGUGAGCAAGCUAUACCGAUUUCCACCACCGAAACCAAACAACUCCUGUACUGACUCGACCUCAUCAACCUCUCCUCUGCUAAUUCCCUGUCUCGCUGCCGCAAUGCGACUGCUUCAGUGAUCUCAUCGUCGCCACCGCCACCGCCGCCGCCGCCGCAUUCUCCCUCCGCCGCUUCAAUUCUGUCGCCAUCGAGGAAAAGCACCGGAUCCAAUACCGCAGAUAUCAUGUCUGGAAGCCCCGCCCUCACAAAUUCUUGGAGAUUCCGGCCGUCUCUGAACAUUUGGUCGGUCGGUCUUUUCCCCGAGAACAAUUCCAGCAGGAGGAUCCCGAAGCUGUACACAUCGCCUUCUUUCGACGCAGCGCCGCCCAUUCCGUACUCUGCCAUGAUUCAAGCACUCGCAAUGAAGCGGUGUCCUCUUCCCCCGAAAGGAUCCUUGCAAUGCCGAAAUCACUUAGAUGAGCAACCAUGUCGUCGUCGAGAAGCACAUUGCUGGGCUUCAGAUCACAAUGAACAAUUGGGGUUUCGCAGAGGUCGUGAAGAUAGUGUAGCGCGGAUGCCACAUCGAUUGCGAUGUCGAGCCUUUGAGUGAGGCUCAAACUCCGCGAAGAACCAUCCACGGGGUGCAACCAUUUCUCCAGGUUCCCAUUCGGCAUGUACUCGAAGACCAGAGCUCUGAAUUCGUCGCCAUUGUUGUCCAAACUGGAGCAAAAAGACAAAACCCUGACGAGAUUUCGAUGCCUAAUGCUUCUCAAUGCAUUGCAUUCUGCCGCCAAGCUCUUGUAAG